CUGUGCGUGACGGUCGCAGCAGCAGCCCUGGUCCAUCGCGUGCGGAGAAGAAAUCACGAUGAGGCUCGGACUUUUCGUCCUCCUCAGCCUCGCGGGUUGCGCCGCGCAAACGUCUCGGAGCGACGUCUACAUUCCACCUCCGUAUUUUGAUGAAGGAGAAAACCUGAGUAGCCAGAACUGUGGAAACGAAACCGCUUUACGUCAGAACCAAUGGAUCGUUGAUGUUACAAACAUGCGUACUCGAGCUAAGUGCUUUAAUUUUAUAGUGCUUUCUCAAAGGACCAUUCUUACUCGAGGAGAUUAUUGUGAUUUCAAUAAAAAUGAUACAACUGAUCUUCGGGUCUUUCCGGAAUACUGUACAUGGCGCCAAAAAGAAGAAGAAUGCUUGAGAGUUUCCGUCAAAGUACUGGAUGUAAUGCAAAUUGUCACGAAUCCUUCUGAUCCUUUUGAAAUCACGAUUAUGAUAACUGAGAAAAUGCCGACUGUGGAAAAUCCCCUUUGUUUGUUUAACCGUGACAACGUAAUGGAUUUGCAACUUCAAAGAGAUUCACCCUACUUCCUAUGGAACCCAGCUACGAUUCCACCAAUCGAAGUGAAUGUGACGGGCCAAAGCAACUGCAGCGCGGUUCUAAGCAGUGAUGACUUGGAUUUUUCGGAAUAUUACAAAAUUCGCAACAUUCCCAUCCAGAAUAUCCUGUGUGUCGAGGAAACCAUUUUUGAGUAUAGCUAUCUGAUCAACUUCUACAAAGGCCGGUAUUUCUUGAGAGGUAUUAAACACGGUCCCAUUCACCGUUUUUACAUUGAUUUAUUGCCAUACAUUGACGAGAUCGCAAUGCACGCAAAAGACAUUUCUGCUCUACGCCCAAUCCCAGAGACAAAACAACCUAGAGGAUUCACCACGCCAGACAACCUCAGUUUUCCAAACUGCGGAAGCAAACCGACGUCAACCAGAAGGAAACGAGAAAAUGACGAUUCUUCCACAGAAUUACCAUCGAUCGCUGGUCAAAUUUUAGGUGGAAACAUUUCUCAGACUGGCGAUCAUCCUUGGCAUGCUUACAUUGAGAAUUCUCAAACUGGAAGAAAAUGCGACGGGACAUUGAUUUCGCCGACAGUAGUUUUGACCGCUGCGAAUUGCCUUCAGGGAUCAAAAGCAGAGGACUUCAUAGUUUCUGUUGGGAUGAAUGAUAAAAGACAAAGAACAGCCCCUGGUGUUCAGAGAAAAAAGCCUAGCAUUCUAAUCACGCACCCGAAAUAUGACUCUGCGGAAUUCAUUAGUGACGACAUCGGCCUCAUCAUUUUGAGCGAAAAAGUCGAGAUAUCUGACAAUAUCCGACCGAUUUGCUUGUGGAACGACGACUCUGACCCUAACUUGAAACGCGUGGCUGGAACUGAAGCUAUGGUGGUUGGGUUCGGGCUUGCUGACAACGACACAUUGCCAGAUAAACUGCAAGAGGUUCGACUGCCGAUUAGAACUCACAAAGAGUGCUAUACUUGUCGAAAAGGAGGUUUUUCGGGAAACUUUUGAGGCCGGGAAACAACUUUUGCGCCGGCUACACGAAUGAAACGACCGCCUGCAACGGGGACAGCGGAGGCAGCCUCUCAGUGGAAAAAGACGGCCGCUGGUUCAUCAGGGGCAUCGUCAGCUUUGGCACGUCGAAAAAAGUGAUGUUCGAGGGCGAAGAAACACCGUUGUGUCACCCAAAUCUAUAUUCCUUGUUCGCUGACGUCGCAGGUUACGUGGACUGGAUCGUGGAAAACACGCCGGACAUUGCAUUCCGGAAUUAAAUGUGUUUUUAAAACAAGAAGUUUAGUAAAAAAGGAUUAAUGGGUUUUCAGUAGAAAAAUGUAGACAUGGUCAGCUUAAUCUCUUAUCAAAUAAAGUUAUGGGAUUUUUAUAAUAAAUGGUUAUAUAAAAUUUUAA